CGGCCAAAGUGCAAGCAGGAAUACAGCGGCAUCGCUGCUCGCGGCUUGGUGUGGACGCUGGCAUUGCUGCAAACCAGUGCGGCCGCGCUGUUGUGAAGCGCAGCGGUCUAAAAAUAACUGCGCCUGACGUUGUGCACGAUGCCGACGCUGCAGCAGCGCCUCGCCGACAGCGCCGACCCGCGGACGCGGCGGCAGGCCAUGCAGGCUUUGUCGGACUUUCUAAGAGACGACCUGGACGACCUCGCGAUGAAGAAGCUGUGGCGGAGCAUUUUUUUCGCCAUGUGGCUGGCCGACCUGCCGAAGGUCCACGACGAGUUGGCCCGGUCCGUCGCGAAGACCGUCCACCGCUUCGGGGAGGACGAUGCAGUACGACGGUGGACGCUCUGCUUUUGUAGUACGCUCGCGGCCGAGUGGGCGCGCCUCGACAAGUACCGCCUCGACAAGUACUACCUCUUGGCGAGGCACUUUGUAAGAGAGAGCCUCGCGUGGUGCCGCGCCAAGGACUGGGCGCCGGCGAGCGUCGACGCGUUCGCGGCGGCGAUCGACGCGGGCUGGUUCAGUGCGCCGAAGUGCCCGGACGGGCCGCGCCUACACUACGGCGACGUGCUCCUCGAGGCCCUCGUCGAGUUCGAGGUUCCCCCAUCUGCAGCACAUCGCUUCUGCCGGCCGCUGUUAAAUGCACUGGUGCACGGCUCGGCGCCCGUGGCGACGCGCGUGCUGGACCGCCUCGCGGCGCCGCUCGCCGACGUCGAGGCGAUGCGGCCGCUGGCGCGCCUCGUGCAGGCCGACGUCCACGGCGCGGCGGCGGCGGAGGCGACGCCAUCAUCAAGGCGCGCGGCCCUCUACGCGGCCGUGAAGACGCUGUCCGCCGCGACGGGCGACCGGUCCGCGCCGGUUGUUGCGCCGGCGGCCCCGGCGGCGGCUCCGCCAAAGAAGCCGGGAAAGCGCCGCGAGCUCCUGAAGAAGAAAGCCCGGAAAGCUGCGCUGCGGAAGAAGCGCUACGCCGGAUACCAGAAGAAGAAGUGGCAUCCCACCUAAGAAACACAAUG